AUGCUCCCCUCGCUCGUGUAUGCCCAAAUCGCUGGUAAGCGAGACCGAGCUAAGAGAUCACUUGAACCCCCAUCUCUACUAGAUAAAACAAUGUCUAUAGAAAAGUACCAUUUGCCAACAACUGCUGAUAGUUCCAACGAUUCUAUUGCCUCGAGUGGCUCGCCUCCAGCUCAAAACGGAGAACAUAAUUAUCAACCACAACAUAAGCGCGUUUAUCAAGCCUGUAUCCCAUGUCGGCGCCGCAAGGUGAAGUGCGAUCUAGGCAGUGUCGACAACCCAAGUGAUCCACCUUGUGUCAGAUGCCGUCGGGAGAGCAAGGAAUGCUUUUUUUCUGCGACUAGGAGGAAACGGAAGUAUGAAGAUGGAGCUGAAGAAAGCACCAACCGUCCAGAAUCUUCCGAUGAAUACGCCAUUCGCAAUGGAAGAAGGCCAACAAUAAUAUCUCAUUCUCCCUCGACCCCCGACCAUCUAGCAUCCCUUGGUACUCCUCAGCCCAGAAUAUCAAUUGACUCAGUGAUCGACGUGCAGACUACACCGAGACCUCCCAUGACACCUGGAGGCUCGAUAGGAUGCACACAACCUCUACGCAGACCGGCCCAGAACCGAAGAGACUUGUCUCAAAAUGAAGGAGUCAAGGAUCCGACCACUCAACUCGAAAAUUUAGAAGCCCAGGAAGUCAUGCGCCAGCAAGUCUACGGUCCAUAUGAUGCCCUAGACCUUCUUUACAAGGCUGCUACCGAUAACUCUGGGCAAAGUGGAGAUAGAAAUGAAUAUCAAUUGCCACCAAUUAUUGGAGCUUGUAGGCCUUCAGAACGCCUGCCAUCGCCAUCUUUACCGAACAAUGAUCCCAUUCUCCAAUCACCCUUAACACUCGCCCCUAAAACUCAAAAGGACUCAACUAUAGAUCCAGCUCUAUUUUCCGGUAAACCAACUAGUGCUGAAAGAACCCAUACUCCGGGCUAUAAGGAUGCAAUCAGAGCUUGGGGUCGAUUUAGAUUCGUAAGGGCUGGAUGGUUUACCGCUGCAGAAGCUAUUGAAUAUGUAAACUAUUACUAUGAAUAUUUAUCUCCUUUAACGCCCAUAUCACCGCCAACAUUUCGAGAUCCUGGAACACACUAUACGCUUCUUACAGAGGAGCCUAUCUUAACUGUCACUCUAUUGACUAUUGCCACUAGAUAUCGCCAAAUUUCCGAUCCUGGGGGACAUUGUAGGUCAUAUGCGAUUCAUGAGCAACUGUGGAACUACCUUCGUGGGAUGAUAGAAAGAUGUUUAUGGGGACAAGAAGCUUUUGGCGGUAGAUUUUGUGGAUUAGGACUUGACGCUCAAACAUCGAGUACUGCCCCGGGAAGAGGGUUGCGGAAAGGAAGCUUACGAACUUUGGGCACCAUAGAGAGCCUUAUGAUUCUAACCGAAUGGCAUCCCCGCGCUUUAAAUUUUCCACCAGUUGAUGCGAUAGAUGAGCUAAUGAUUCCUGGCUCUGAUAGCCGGGAGGGAUAUACUGUGGAUGAGGAAACUGGCCCCUAUCAGUCACGCACUGUGCGUGGGAUAGGGGGGAAAAGGAUUGAGAGCUGGCUUGAGCCAGCGUGGCGAAGUGACCGUAUGUGCUGGAUGCUGUUAAGUACUGCCAUGGGUCUCUCCUAUGAACUUGGAGUAUUCGAUAACUUCGAGGAAUUACUUGCCGAAAGUGGAGAGACUACUCGGCCUGAGUACGAAGAAGAGGCGUAUCGGCUACGUGCGACGAGGAUUAAGAGGUUGCUCCUGAUCUGUGUGACGCAGCUGGCUGGGAGACUUGGUUGGACAAAUAUGGUGCCAGAGAAUUUGCGCUCUACUGAUCCAUCUUUUGCCCCCAUGAACCGGAAGUCUACUAAUGGUAGAAGCCCGGAUACGUAUACAAAUAUAUCGGGUGUUUUUAACUAUAUCCCCGACUCAGAGCUAGAUGAUCAAGUCAUUCAUUGCUGGGCUGGGAUUACGAAUGCCAUGCGAAUCGGUAACGAGACGCUAUUUAAGACAAGACAGUACACUACAAAAAUUAUUCAAGAUGGAAGUUACGUGGAGCUGCUCCAGGAGUUCCAACCGAUUCUCCGUGCUUGGAAAAUGGAAUUUGAAUUGUUUCAAUUACCACCGUAUAUUCGCCACAUACUCUCGAUUGAGUAUGAGUAUAUUCGUGUUUAUGUGAACUCGCUUUCACUCCAAGCCGUAGUCGAGCGAUGUACUAACCAUGCCGGACUUCAUGCAAACGUUCAAAGGAACAAUAAUAAUAACAAUGGUAAUGCGGGAGUUUCAGUGCUGUCACCCGAGACGCAAAGCUAUUAUGGGAAGCUUCCUUUGGCACGACUGGGUGGAUUUAGUGCAGCAGACCAGGAUUGUGUGCGGGAAGUCGUUGAUGGAAGUCGCAAUCUCCUGAGAAUUGUUGUUGAGGGUCUUCUUCCAAAUAAUUAUCUCAAACAUGCGCCAGUGAGAACGUAUUUCAGGAUCAUUUGUGGCGCUAUGUUUCUGCUCAAGAGCUUUGCCCUUGGUGCAUCCAAAAAUGAUGUAGAGAUUAGUAUCGGACUAAUGGAUAGGUCAGUAGCCGCUCUCCGUAAUUGCGUCGUCGAUGAUUCCCAUCUUGGUAUCCGCUUUGCCGACCUUCUCGAGACCUUAACAUCUCGCCUACGUUGCCGAUUCAUUAGCGCAUCUACAGUACGAGCCUCUGAUCGGAACCGUAGCUCGGUGCACCAAGAACUUGAUCCGAGGUACAGAAAACCUGAGGCCGAUUCCCCUGGUCAUGAUUGGAUAACUGGUGCUAAUAAGGUGUCUCUUGAAAACAGCGAGAAUAAUCCUGACCUUGGUCUCUCAGCCACACCCUAUGAUUUAAAUCCUCACGACCCUCGCAGUGAAUCGUUGAUUUUUAUCAAUCCUGCAGAUGAUUCUGGAUCCAUGAAUAGUGGCGAUCCGAUGCAUGAUGUGUUCGGAAAAGUAGUUGACUGGGGCGCAGGGACGGAGGUCUGGUAUCUCCCGCCAGGAAUGGCUUUCUAUCAACAAAUAAAUGACCAAGCUGUGGCCCAAAGGGCGGAAGGCGUUAAUGUUGGUGGUAUGGAUCUUUUGGACUUUAUGGCGUUGGAUCCUCCUGGGACGUUUGGAGAUGCCCCGGUAUUUUGA